UCUGGCCUGCAGCCCUGUCCUUGGCUCAGACUGCUGCAUGUGGAGCCAAGGAGUGAGCUGUGGCAGUGGCAGCAGAUAGGGCACUUCUCAGUCACUCUGCUGUGACCUCCUCUGUAGUUAGUUAUUUCCAGGUAGCCUGUUUAAAGGGAACACAUCACAAACAUGAGAGUGCACUUUAUAUGGAGAAAAGCUCAUUGUGGGAUUGCUUCAACUGGAGGUGUCUGCUACUAAAGCCUCGUGGGUUGCAAAAUAUUUGGGAAAUGGAAUAUCAGCAUCCUCCUGGAGAAAGAAACUUGCAGAGCAAGGAAAUAACGUGCUUAUAAGUGUUGUAGGGCAGAGCGUGGCUGCAGCUGCUCCGUCUUCUGCAUUUGCAAAGCACUGUCCUGCCUGGCUGCAAAUUGCAACUGGAGGAUCAUUGUCAAUUUGGGGGGCAGAACAAACAGAAAUGGAUCUGGGGGCUGCAUGGCCUUGAGUCUGUGUUGCUCUCCAGCCACCCACAGCAGCAUCACACAAGCUGGGGAUGGGACAAGGAGACAUCAAGGGAAAAAACUUUGCCAUUUCUGAAAGGGUGAGAACCUUUGCUCCAAACUGGCAGCUUCUGGACUUAUAGCACUUUAUUCCUGCUGACCCCAUCACUCUUGCCAAUGCUGUCACAUUGUCUGACCUGUAGCCAGCAGCAGCCCUACCGUAAAAAAUACAACAUUGGAGCUGUUAAUAUUUAAUCCUCAACUAUCUUUUACUUUCCGAGCCACAAAUCCUCCUACUCCCACCAAAAACAGCUUGGGGUUAGCACAGGACUUGCUGACUGUGAUACUCAAAGGCUUGUGUAGCAAAGGAAGGGAAUAGGGGAGAGGCACAGGGCUCCCCUCUACCCAGGGAGGCAGUGACUCCUGCUCACCCUUGGCCACCUGCCUGGCCCAUGGGGGAGCACAGAGUCCAGCUGCUGCCCUCUGAAACACAGCACUCCUUGCAUUCAUUGGCAAAACUCCCCAGCGAGGGCUGGAGUUGCAUAAAGAAUCCAAAGACUUCAAGGGAAACGUCCUUGGGGCACUUCUCAAAGGCUGGGGCAGCUUUGCAGGAGCAAGCAGGCAAAAAUGUCAAGGCCAGUGCAAGCCCGGAGGCUGGAGGGAAUAGAUAAGAACAUCUGGGUAGAGUUCGUUAAACUGGCUGCCACCUACUCCACAGUGAACCUGGGCCAAGGCUUCCCCGACUUCCCCCCCCCAGACUUUCUGAAGGAGGCAUUCAGCAGAGCUGUCAGCGGGGAGAAGCACACGCUGCACCAGUACACCCGUGCCUUCGGUCACCCACCGCUGGUGAAAAUCCUAGCCCAGCUUUUUGGGAAGCUGCUCGGACGAGAGCUGGAUCCUAUGACCAACGUGAUGGUGACUGUGGGAGCGUACCAGGCCCUUUUCUGCUGCUUCCAGGCUUUCAUUGAGGAAGGUGACGAGGUGAUAAUCAUUGAGCCCUUUUUUGACUGCUAUGAGCCAAUGGUGAAAAUGGCUGGUGGGACACCUGUGUACAUCCCACUGAGACCGAAAGCUCCAAAAGAAGGAAAAUUGAUGUCAAGUGCAGAUUGGCAGCUGGACCCAGCCGAGCUGGCUUCUAAAUUCAGUGAGCAGACAAAAGCCAUCGUCCUGAACUCACCCAACAACCCUCUGGGCAAGGUGUUCAGCCGAGGGGAGCUGGAGCUCAUUGCAGACCUGUGUGUGAAGCACGACGCCCUUUGCAUCAGCGAUGAAGUGUAUGAAUGGCUGGUGUACGAUGGGAAGGAGCACAUCCGCAUCGCCAGUUUGCCAGGGAUGUGGGACCGCACAGUGAUCGUUGGGAGUGCUGGAAAAACCUUCAGCAUCACUGGCUGGAAGGUGGGUUGGACUGUAGGACCCAACCGGCUGCUGCAGCACCUGCGUACUGUGCACCAGAACUCGGUGUAUCACUGUGCUACAGCUGCACAGGAUGCUGUGGCUCAAGGUUUCCAGAGGGAGCUUGAGCGCUAUGGGAAACCAGACAGCUACUUUGUCCAGCUGCCCAGGGAGCUGCAGCAGAAGAGAGAUCAGCUGAUCCAGAGCUUGGUUGCGGUGGGGAUGAAACCCAUCAUCCCUGAGGGCACCUACUUCUUGGUGGCAGACAUCUCUGAGUUCAAAUCUGAAGUCCCUGACGUCCCCGACUCCGACGAGCCCUAUGACUCCAGAUUUGCCAAGUGGAUGGUCAAGAACAAGGGACUGGCAGCCAUCCCACUCUCCGCAUUCUACUGUGGGGCCCAUAAGGACAACUACAACAGUUUCAUCCGGUUCUGCUUUGCCAAGGAGGACGCCACACUGAAGGCAGCAGAUGACAUAUUGCAAAGAUGGAAGCUGGAGAAAGCUGCUCCCUGAAGGCACUGCGGGAGGAACCCAGCUCCCCAUGGCUGCACUCCUUCCUCUUGUUUUACUGUGCUGCACACUUUGCUACAUGCUGAUUUUUGUGAUUUCAGCCACGUUUUCUGUCAGACGUGUGGGUACAAGGUCUGCCAGGCCCAGGGCUGAGGGACACAGCUCUCACUGUGAUCCAAUUGCAAGCAGUGAGCCUCCAUGUGCACUGCUGCCAUUCAGCAUUUUUGCUUCUUGUUUUAAAGACUUUGCUGGUCAGUUCUGAGCUGUGUCCAUCAGGACACUAAGGGUGGCUCAGCAACCAUCCACCCUCAGGAAAUAGGUCUUUAAAUGGAGCUGGGCUGUAGCCAAACCUUCCCUGUGCACCCACAUGUAGUUGAUGCCUGGCAGCAUCCCCUGGGCUGCAGAGCAGAACUGCAGCCUGUGAUGGGUGCAUGCAGCUGGUGGGGCAACAGGAGCAACAGCAUUGCAGCAUUGCAGCAGGUAGUUCUGGCAUCAUUCUUCAUUUCAGGCUGGAUAAAAGCAUAGGACUUGAUCAUCAAUCGUGCUGGAGUUACAUGCAACAUUUGAUAAGUAUCUGUGACUGUUAAAUUAUUAAAGUUGAGUUAAUUGAGGACUAAA